AUGUUGAUGAAAAUUGUUCUGUCGGUGGCUUUGUGUGUUUUUGUGAGCGCGAGUGAACCGGAAUGUUCAAGAUUUCACUAUGAAGAGAAAACGCUUGAAAAAAUUAUUGAAACUGAAAUAUAUGUGGACAAAAUAAAAUCGGAGACUGAUAUCAUGCAGCAAAGAAUGUCUGAUAAACUUGAAGGAAUUCAAGAAGACUGGGAGAAAACGAAGAAUGAACUCAACGAUGCGAAUGAAGACAGUAAGAAAGUUUUGGAAGAAAUCAAAGACAAAGUUGAAAGUCUUUCAACAGUGCAAGCAGUAGCCUUUCUGGCAUACAAUAUAAAGAACACUGCGCCAAGCGAUGGUGGGACAAUCGUAUUUAGCACGACGCAUUUUGACGUCGGUUCCAGUUACAACAAUGAGACUGGAAUCUUUGUAGCACCUGUCGCCGGAAUCUACAUGUUUACCUUGCAUCUGUGUCUUACAGGAAACAGAUUCGUUUACUUGGAAAUUGACACAACAAAGGGUCCUAUUCUAAAAGGCCGCUUCAUCGACGACGGAAGUGAGUAUCACAGCUGCCAAACAGCCACAACUGUUGCAGAACUGGGUAUAAAGGAACAUGUGUGGAUAAAGAGUGGACUGUCCACUAGUGGACCUGAUUUGUGGAAGCACUCGUAUAUAUGGAAUAGCUUUUCUGGUGCUCUGAUUAGCGCAGUUGCAAAAUAGACAAAAUAUUCAUUUUUUUAGAACAUUCAUAGAGUCAGUGUACCCGGUUUCGCACUGUACGCGGUUUCGCACACCCAGUAAAUUCAUGUACUUUGUGAGAAUAAAACAGACAAUUUAACAAUUCUUUGUUAUUGUUUCACGAAACUGAGUUAUUCCCUACAUAAUUUGACACAAGGGGUCUUUCCCCACUGGAGCCUCGUUCUGGUAAGUGCAGACGAAAACAAUAACAAUAUCAAUGGAGACCAGUAGGUCACCUGAACAAUAUUAAGUUUCAUGAAAAAAAUGACUAUGCAAACAACAACAAGGUGCAAAAUAAAUUGAAAAAUCACUAUUCUAUCAUACAGGUAAGUAUUUAUCUACUACUUUACCUAAAUGAAAAAUAUUUCAACAGUUAUUGAAGUUCUCCCAACUUGCAAAAUGCCUUCAACUUGAUUGUUUGCUUUACGUUUUUAUUAAAACAGAGAACUUAAUCGAAUAAUUAGACGUGUGGGGGUCUUUUGUGAUUCAACAGCUUCUGUGUUUUAUGUUUGUUU